AUUGCACGGAGUUUAUAUAUUAGUAUUGAAUAAUUGAUUUUAUCAUUCUUGAAACCUUGUUCUCAACUCAAAAGUUCACAUAAUCAAUACCAACACCAACAAAGAAUUAAAAUCAUCUGGAAAUAAUGUUGUUACACCUCUCCACUAUGUUCUCUACUGAAGCCAUAAGCUUACUGGCAUUACUUGUAUUCUUCUACUGCAUACAAAAAUGGAAAAAGGGCAUCAACCAAAUACCCCCCAAACCAUCUGGGUCAUGGCCUAUUAUAGGCCAUCUUCAUCUACUUGGAAAGCUUCCGCACAUAACAUUGGGUAAAUUAGCUGAUCAAUACGGCCCCAUCUUUAUGAUAAAGCUUGGUGUGGACCAUGCUUUGGUUGUGAGUUCAGCACAAACAGCAAAAGAGUGUUUAAGUACUAAUGAUAGGAUUUUUGCUUCUCGUCCUCAAACGAUUUUUAAUGAGCGGGUGGGUUAUAACUCUGCUAUGUUCGGGUUAAGCCCGUAUGGGCCGUACUGGCGUGAGAUGAAGAAGAUUAUUACUGUUCAACUGUUGUCUAAUCAUCAGUUAGAGAUGCAUAAACAAGUUAGAAUUUCUGAGGUGAAAUUAGCCAUUAAAGCAUUGCAUAAGGAGUGUUUGAACAAAGUGGACAUGAAGCAAUGGUUUAGUGACAUAAACAUUAAUGCAUCAGUAAGAUUGGUAGCUGGGGCUUCACUAAAGGAAUUCUACAAAGGUGAAGAAUAUAAUAAGAGGGCAAAGGUUCUGAGGGAUUUCUUUGAAUUAGCUGGCACAUUUGUUCCCGGUGAUUUUCUUCCAUUUUUAAGGUGGUUGGAUAUUGGAGGGUAUGAAAAAGCCAUGAAAAAGGUCGCUAAUGAAAUUGAUAAUAUGGCUCAAUUUUGGUUGGAUCACCAUAAACAAAGACGACUCUCUGAUCAAGGACAGCACAAACGAGACUUUUUGGAUGUAUUGCUUAACAUUUUUGAAAGAGAGGAGCAUCAGGCUUCCCAAUUUGAAGAAGAUAUAAUCAUCAAGGCCACCUGCAUGACAAUUAUAUUAGCAGCAACAGACACAAUAGCAGUGACCUUAACAUGGGCACUAUCAUUGCUACUCAAUAACAAAGAUUGUCUAAGAAAGGCUCAAAAAGAGAUAGAAGAAGUAGUAGGAAAAGAAAGACAGGUUGAAGAAUCAGACCUAAACAACUUAGUCUACUUACAAGCAGUCCUAAAGGAGACUAUGAGGCUAUAUCCAGCAGGACCCCUUUCAGUACCUCGAGAAGCCAUUACAGAUUGUACCAUUAAUGGUUACAAAAUCCAAGCUGGAACCCGUCUAUUGGUUAAUCUUUACAAGAUACAGAGGGACCCACAAUUAUGGGACAACCCAUUGGAAUUUCACCCUGAAAGGUUCCUAACUAGUCACAUAGACUGUGAUUUUAGAGGGCAAAACUUUGAGCUUAUGCCAUUUGGAAGUGGUAGGAGAAUGUGUCCUGGAAUAUCUUAUGCCCUAAAGAUGAUGUUGUUUGUAUUAGCUAAUUUACUGCAUGGGUUCGAUGUCGGGACUUCGUCUGAAAAAGCAAUUGACAUGACUGAAGGUUAUGGUCUGACCAACAUGAAAGCCACACCACUUGAAGUCAUCCUCAGUCCUCGUCUUCCUAGUCAUGUUUAUGAUUAUUAUGAUUUUGAGUGACACUUUCUGUGUUCUUUUUAGUUUAAUAUUUAUUAUUAUUAUUAUGAAAAUCAUAUUGUAUUCAUAAGUAUGUAAAAUAUCUCGACAUUUACUCUUUGAAAAUGAUAAAAUUAAAAUUAUAUACCAUUUAUGUAACUUUUGUAUGAUUGGAAGCCGACCUUAAUCUUUUGAAUUAUGAUUAUGGCAUAUUAUUGUUGUUGUGA